CAGAGUUGAGGUGUUCAGAUGCCAGGACACGUCCUCAGAGAUGUGGAUGCCCAGGAACUUAAAGCUGGAGACACGCUGUACUUCAGACCCGUUGAUGUAGAUAGGGGAAUGAUCGGAGCUGUGGUCCUCCAUGCCGGCACAAACAACAUCAGGCUGAGGCAGACAGAGAUCCUGAAGAAGGACUUCAGGAGCCUGGUGGAGAAGUUUCGCACCACAUCGCCCCCAACGAGGAUCAUCGUGUCAGGACCACUUCCCACGUUCCAGCGAGGAAUCGAAAGGUUCAGUAGGCUAUUUGCAUUUAAUGAAUGGUUAGAGUCUUGGUGUCAAGAAGAGAAUAUACCAUUUGUUGAUAAUUGGAAUGUUUUCUGGGAGCGUCCUAGGCUCUACCAUUAUGAUGGCCUGCACCCAAGCAGAGCUGGAGCAGCAGUCCUCUCGGACAACAUCUUCAGGACACUGCGCACCAUCUGACUGGUUGUGGAGGUGUGGUGUCUCAGAUGAAGGCUGUGCUGCUCUGACUUCAGCUCUGAGAUCAAACCCCUCACACCUGAGAGACCUGAAUCUGUCUCAGAAUAAUCUAGGAGACUCAGGAGUGAAGAGUCUCUCUGCUCUACUGGAGAAUCCUCACUGUAAACUGGAGAAACUGGGGUUGAGGAGGUGUGGUGUCUCAGGUGAAGGCUGUGCUGCUCUGACUUCAGCUCUGAGAUCAAACCCCUCACACCUGAGAGACCUGAAUCUGUCCUGGAAUAAUCUAGGAGACUCAGGAGUGAAGAGUCUCUCUGAUCUUAGGGAUGAUAAACAUUACAAACUACAGUAUCUGUGGACGUAAUGAAUAUCUGUGUGUGUGAUGAAGACUCUGGUGUUCCUGCAUGUGGAGGAAGAGCUAUGACACAUUAAACUAAAAUUCUA